AUGGUACUAGACUCAUGUGCGCGGAGAGGUGGUUGCGAGAGAGGGGAAGUAGCGGGUGCGGAGGGUUGUGAGGAGGUUUUCGUAGGCGUGGUCGAAGCGGAGGGUCAGGAUGAGGGAUUGGGUCAUUCUUUUGGGGGUUGUAUCGUGAGGGCGGUAGGAGAGGGGGGGUGA